ACAUUCGUAGAAGAUAUGCCGUUUAGAAAGAAUGAAAUACGAACCUGUAGAAAAUUACAAUUUUUUCUGAUUUUUCUGGUAAUAUAUAUUACAAAAGAUGGAACUACAUGCGAACACGAGUCAGCCAGAAAUUCUACUAAAAUAAAAAUUACUACUUUGGCAAUUUCUCCUUAUUGCGAAGUUUAUACGAGAAAUAAUCAGUUAAUUGUUGAUGGUCCCGAUUUUAAAAUAUUAAGCAUAGUUGCUCAGAAAUUAAAAAACAUCAAGUUCGAAAUCAUUCAACCCAUUGAAAAGAAAUUUGGAAGUAAAUUAAAAGAUGGAUCAUGGAAUGGUAUAAUGGGAAGAGUGCAGAGAAAA